AUGGAGAACCGUUUACCUAAUAAUAGCAAUAAUAUGUUAAUAGGAUGCGUAUCGAGGAUCUUAAGAAUCCGAACUGGGGUACAGGCUAUUGUUUGCAAAUAUCUCUUUAAAAAUGUUUACUUGUGUGCCGAGUGCAUCAACGAUAACCGACUUACUGGGACGAGGUUCCAUGCAUGUUUUUUCGACGGAGCAAUUUUUGAAACUGAUGGACGCAAGUGGAUUCAGAGGGCCCUGGGACACUGUAGUGGAUCUUGGGGCUGGAGACGAGUCCUGAAUGUGAAUGACUGGGACAAGAUGGGGCCAUUCAACGUGAUCCUGUGCCUAAACCUCCUGGACCGGUGCGACAGGCCUAACACCCUCCUGACCCAACUGAGAGACACUUUAGCCCCCGGAGGACGUCUGGUAGUAGCACUGGUGCUUCCCUUCAGCCCCUACGUGGAGACAGGAGAACGUGGGGACCACAAGCCUAUGGAGUACUUGCCUAUCAGAGGAUUCGGCCUAGAAGAGCAGGUCGCGACAGUUAUUGACCGCGUCUUUAAACCCGUCGGCCUAAGAUGCUUAGUCUGGAGCAAACUUCCUUAUCUCUGCGAGGGGGAUCUGAGACAGGCCUAUUGUUUUUUGGAGGACGUUAUUUUUGUACUUGAAGCCGAGGAAGGAACAGAACAACGAAUAAAAGAGCCAAUAAUUGAAAAUGAAAGGACUGAUUGUGAUAAAAAGGAUUGA